UGACGGAGGAAAAGAAAAAAAAGGAGAGGAAUGCAACAACUCACGAGCAGAGGUGAGGAUUAACAGAAGGAGAAAAGACUACAGAGAGGGAGAGAGACAAACAAACACGCUGCAUCUGUUUACCGACCCCGGCGCUGAAAUAUUCUCCUCUCUGCCACAGCAUCUCUGGUACAGCUGAAUGGCGUUGCCUGCUUCCUUUCUGUCCGAAGACCAGUUCACCUGCUCGAUCUGCCUGGAUGUGUUCAACAACCCGGUCUCUACACCAUGUGGCCACAGCUUCUGCCAGGCCUGCAUCUCCUCCUACUGGGACGGAGGGAGAAGAGGAGGUGGAGGAGGUGGUUCCAAGAUCUACCAGUGUCCUCUCUGCAAGGAGUCCUUCCGUAAGCGACCAGAGCUCCAAAUCAACCGAACCCUGAAGGAAAUCACUGAACAGUUCAAAUGGUUGGCCAGCGCUGGGAUUUCAAUGGAUGGAACAGACGGAGGAGGAGACGAGGGUCUAAACUUGCAUACUCAGCAUCAGCAACAACCAGCCCCGUCUCAGCCUCAGAGACCGGGGGAGAUGCCAGACAGGAUCUUUGCUGAGAUGAUGACUCGUUUUCAGCAACUCCCAUCGCCCGGGGUGCCUGAAGACAGCAUCUCCAAUCCCAACAUCCCCCAAAACCCUGGGCCUGUCAAAACUUGCCCGUCCCUCCAAGCUCAGAAUUCAGUGCAUCAUGACCUGCCUCCACCUUACUCACCUCCACGCAGGUACACUGUGAGUGGUUCCACUGAAUUUUCCUCCAACGUGCCUCUGUGCCCCAUCCACCUGAAAGGCCUGGAGUUCUUCUGUCGUACUGAUAACACCUGCGUCUGCAGCGUCUGUAUGGAGACACAAGAGCACCGAGGACACAACGUAACCCCAGCCAAGAGAGAGUGGCAAAUCAAGAAGUCCCAGUUAGGUAUUUCAGAGGUGGAGCUGAAGGAUAUCAUCUGUGAGAAGGAGAGGAACAUGGAGGAAAUACAGAAAUCUUUACGAGAGAUACAGGCUGCUGCUGAAAGAGAGACGGGCGGAGUGGUUUCUGUGUUUACCAAGAUGAUCUCCAGUGUGGAGCGCUGCCAAGCUGAAGUCUUGGAGGUGAUAGAGAUGAGUUGGCGAGCGGUUGAGCGCAGAGCUCAGAGUCUGCUGAGCGAGCUGGAGGAUGAGAUAUCCGAACUGAAGAGGAGGAGCACAGCUCUGAACCAGCUUGUUCUGUCUGAAGACUACGUACACUUCCUCAAGACUUUUCCUACUGUGUCCAACCCCCCACCCUCCAAGGACUGGUCGGGGGUCUCGGUGGUGUCUGAGCUGACGUCAGGAGUGAUUCUCAGGACCGUCACUCAAACCGUGGAGAGCCUUCAUGAGGAGCUGAGGAAACUGCCAGAAGUCUGCAAGCCAUCCCUGUUGGACCAACCUGUAGCCAGGCCCAACCCAAAGAUAAAGAGGGUUCAAGAAUACUCAGAUGACAUCACUUUAGAUCCCAACACAUCCCACCCGCGUCUCAUCAUCUCAGUCGACGGGAAGCAGGUUCAAUGUGGCGAGCGCCAUCAGUCAUUACCGGACAACCCAGAGCGCUUUGACCGGGUGGUGUGUGUGCUGGCCCGCCAGGGCUUCAACUCAGGACGUCAUUACUGGGAGGUGGAGGUGGGAGGAAAGACCGACUGGGACCUCGGAGUGGCAAGCUGGUCUGUCCACAGAAAGGGCAAAAUCACUGUCAGCCCCGCCCAUGGAUACUGGUUCCUCAGCCUGCGGGAUCGAACCGAAUAUGCUUUCCGAACAGAACCCUCGACCAACCUGACAGUCAACGUCAGACCAUCCCGGAUCGGCAUCUAUGUGGACUAUGACAAAGGGCUGGUGUCCUUCUACAACGUGGAUGCCAAAGUGCUCAUCUACACCUUCAAAGAUACAUUUUCUGACACCCUCCAUCCCUUCUUCAGCCCCUGUACGAAUAAAUCAGGAAGGAACGAGGCUCCGCUUAUCAUCUGCCCUGUCUCAAAAUAAAAUUAACUAAAAACGUAUGGAAAUCUUACAAAAGAUACAUUUUUCACAUUUUCUUAGAAGAGACUGAGCUCCUCAAACAAAGCUAGAACAUAUUUAAUUGCAGGACAUUAGCUUACAGGUUGUUUUAGGCUGUGGUGUCACUGACACGCUCAAAACUUCAGACUGAAAUCAGCACUAUCCAAUAUUUCUGUUCAAAUAUUCAGAAUCCUCACGUCCAAAUAUUGGAAAUUAGGAGUAUUGAGACACAGCUUUAUGCAUGUUUUAGAGCACAGAGACUCUCAGCUCUUGCUAAAAUCCAACAAAAAAAUGACAAAGCCUAAAUUACAAAAUCUGUGAAACUCUGCAUGGCAGAAGCUUGGCAUUAUGUUGAUUGCCAACUUAGAUCUUCUGGAAAGUUUCACAAAUAUUAGUUUAUAUGAUGCAAAAUUGUUUUAGUUGCAGUACCACAGUUGACCACUGGGGCAUUGACUUGUCUUUUGUAUUGAUCUCUUUUAAUAUACCAUAAACCAACCAGCUUCCAAAGCAGUUGGACUGUUGUGUAAAUUGUAAAUACAACACUGGAACUCUAUAUUUGAUUCAACAUAGCACAAACAUGACAUAUCAAAAGUUGAAACGGAGAAAUGCUUUGGAAACUGGUUGGUUUAUGGAUCCAUUAAAAGAGAAGAUUACAUUAAUACGAGUCAACACUGCUGUAAAUAUGCACCAGUGGUCAACUGUGGUACUGCAACUAAAACUAUUCUACAAUCGUAUAUCAUUUCCCACAUAGACUGCUACAAUAAAGUGAGACAUUUGUAAAGAUUAAAAUAAAAUAUAAAGGCUAUUAACAGGACAGGAACAUUGAUUUCCAAAAUGUCCCGACCUUUUCAGAUUCAGGGUUGUUUUCCUGCUUAUGAAAAAGCUGUUUACCCAAAAGUGAACAAAGACGCUGCUCAUAAAAGACACCAAAAAUGUUUUCCCUCUUUCCCAUUAGUUGCUGGAAGACAAGUUUCUGCUGCAGUGUAUAACAUGGCUGUUUUUCAAUACAGUAAAUGUACACAUGAAACUACAUUCAUGUCAUAUCAGUAUGAAAUCUCGUUUUUAAGAUUUAGAUGUGUUACUGAGUAUAUCCCAAAUUUAACAAAAAAGAAAACUCUGGAUACAAGAAAACAAGAAAACAGACCUAUACAAAUCAAAUCAAAUACUGGACUGUGUGUUGUUAAUAUGCUAACAUGUUAAGUUUACUCAGAUGGUAGGAGUAAUGUAUAAAAUGUGAUUUUUUAAUAAAUGUUAAAUGUAUAACUAUAAUUUUAUGAACAGGUCCCAGAGAAAUGAAUGAACAAAAAUCAGCAGUUUUUAGAACACAUUUUUCUUCUUAUGUCUUCAGAUGUUUGAUUUGAAAGAAAAACCAUAAAAUAUUUGAAUGACGUCCAAUAAUAUCAGACAGUAGAGUUGAUGAAUAAAUAAGUGUGUAAUUCAAUCUGAUACAAGGUGAAGGGUUUGAGCAUGGCGGACAGUAUGCAGUGGCGCUGCCAGGAUUAAAUUUCAUAGUGAGCACAAGAACCAUUCGAAGGAGUGUAGGACAACUUUUUCUUCUUGGUUCCCACGCACACAUAUGAUCCCAGUAACUGAGCGAGCAAGAGAGAUAGAGAGAGAGCGAGAGAGAGAAAGAGAUUUAUAUACCUGCAAUAGCCAAUGAGAGCGAGCAGACCGGGAAGCGUCACCAACCGGAUGUCGCAAACUUUGCUUACCGUUAUUAGUUAUGUUACACCAAUCAUGUGCCUCCAAAUGUAUUUACAUCAUGAAGAAACAAAAAUAAUUAAACACAGGUUUAGUUUUCAUAGAAAAUAAUUAUAGUGGUAAUAAAAUGUACGCUGGAUGUGUCCAGGGUUAUGGCUGGCAGCGCCGCUGAUAGUAUAGUUUACAUGUUUACAGAAAAGAUGACAAUAAUUAAACAAAUAGUACAAUAGUUUUUAACGUGUCCUGUUAAAUCUUUUGUUCUGAUAUGCUACAUGAAUAAAAAUGGACUGAUUGAUUGA